GAUGUAUCUGGGUUAGAUUCCUGGAAUCUGGGUUAGAUUCCUAGAAUAGGUGUAUCUGGGUUAGAUUCCUGGAAUCUGGGUUAGAUUCCUAGAAUCUGGGUUAGAUUCCUAGAAUAGGUGACACAUUCCUAGAAUAGAAAUUGUCAAGUGAUUUGUUCAUCUUUGCUAGUUUGUCAAUGUUGAUACGUGUCCUGAAUAUAACUUAAGACGUUUGGUUUGCUCAGGGGUUUUGUUUUACGACUUGCUGGACAAGGAGUGAAACCGUAUUUGUAUUGAAUUACUGGUGAGGUUACAUGAAUCGCUAGGGUUUUUAUUUGUGCUAUGUUGUUUUGAUCCCCGCCGAGGAAUCAUCUGUAUUGUUUUUUUAAUCGAAGAAGGAAAAAGUGUGCCAUCAUCUGUUGUUGGCAUACCGAGCUCCGUGGGAGGCGUCUAUUUGUUUCUUUCUCAGCAGCGAUUGGUCGCUAGUUUUAGUUACUUUACAGAUAGAAAAAGAUAGAAAAAUGCCGAAAGGUAAAGGCAGGAAGAAGGCAGAGGAUAGCAAUCUGAACCAAUGGAACAAGAUUCUUUUGAAGUGGAGGUUAGAGAGAUUGAUCUUUAUUCAGUUAGCGAGACUCUGUAACAAAAAGAGAGAUGAAUUGGAAAAGACAACUGCUCUGAAAAAAAUUAGAGAGCAAAUCAAACUGCUUGCCGACGAAAUUCGUUUGUUCAAGGAUGAAGCGACUCGGAACAAAGAGCAGAGGAAGUUCACAGACCUACACACGACGCUAGUCGGAGAAGGACUGAUAGCGGCCCGCCCCCUCGACUCAGGGCCCCCAAGGGGGGGUGACCAAGGCAAAGGAGGAGGAACCUUGGGAGCCUAUGGUCGCAUGUACCCCAAACUGCCAUUGUGUGGCCCAGAUGGGGAAUACAUCUUCCCUGGUGGUUUACAGGAGUCGAGACACAGUGUUCCAGUCAUCUGCAGUACCCCCCACGUGCCACGGAAGGGAAAUCCAUCUGCCCCACCUGACUAUGCUAAUCAUGAUGCGAUCCAGAUCCCACAGCAAUUUCCCCCUGUGAGGCCUGGAACAGUGACUAAGAAUGAGUCAAUCAAUGGAGGAUUUGAUGACAACAUACAACCACACAUGAAGACCACAGAUGAGAAGAAGGAAAUGGCCAGGGAACGAGAAAGAUUCCCCCAGUCCAACAGGGACAGAGGACGAUUCCUCCCGCCAGACAGACAGAAAGAACCUCGACCAUGCCACAACUAUGGACAAAUUGGACACUGGAUGAGAGAAUGUAAAGCCCCUCGAAAGAUGUACCGUGACUGCUCCAACGAGAGAGUAGGGGAAGAAAACCGCUCAGGCAAAAUGAGGGAACGAUUGAAGAAGUUACAGGCGAAGAGUGUUGAAGAACUCAGCCGCCUGUGCGAUUCAGUGUUGGAAACCAACAAUAACACCAACUUGGAAUGACACUCGUUAGAUUUGGCACGCAAACUAACUGAUACGGGGUGAAGAGUAGGGAGUGUUUUAGUGUUUGUUAUUUUCAUUCCUUUAUUUUCACAAGAGGUUAGUCUUCGAAAGAUGCUAGGACUUUUGUCACUGCCUAUCUAAGUUCAUGUUGGUUCCUUCUUGACACAACUGCUCAGCUUUAGAACAUUUUGUUUGUUUUAUUUUAUUUUUGAACAAAGGUUCAAUCAUUCAUUCAUUCACACAAGGUUUAUUGAGAACUAUGAUGACUGAUUACUGAUAUAACCAUUUUUGAAUCAAGCGAUUUAUUUUUGUAUGAUCAUUUUUCAUUGUUUAUCGAAUCAUUAAGACAAUUACAAACAUAGUUGAUCAUCAUUAAUGUUGGAGGCUGUGACAAUGCCUCCCCCAUGACUGAUACUGCACUUUUUCUUUGUUUCAUGUUUCAUCGUACCUGGGAGAUCCAGGAGACACGGACACUUGAUGAGUCCUUGAACUGAACUGUGUCUGUGUUUGUCCUGACGCCCUACUACGAACUUUCAUCCUCAUCCCCCAUCACACCUGCGGUGGCCAUCAACUGGAAAAUAACUAUUUUUUCCAGUUUUCCAAAAUAACUGCUACUCAAAACCAACUGAGUCAUGCAGUAUUGUCUGUGAUGUUGUUGUGCCAAGCAGAGGGAGGUGUCUGGACAGUUGACUUUCUUGAUUCUUUAAUUUUUUUAUGUUUUGAUUUAAUCAUGAGUAACCUAAUGAGUUUGUUAUUUUCUUUAUUAUAGUGGCCUACACCUGGUUUACUUGUGUAUGAUUUGAAUUUACUUGUCUAUUGCCUUUUAUGCUUCCUUUCAUUGAUUUAGUUAAUUAUUAAUGGGAAACCAGAAAAUACACUGAAUUCUCUUUUUGUGGGUGAUCUUUAAACUACGUUUAGUAUGAUCAAGAGGGAGGAAUGUAGAAUGCUGGUGUAUUUUAGUGUCUCUCUUUUGUUCAAAUUUCUAGUCUAGGAACAGGCCAGGGCCUCUCAUACUGAUACAAGGUGUUAUCCCCAACAUUCUGCAAUUGUUAUGUCUCAACAAGGUUGAACCGACCUGGUCCUCUGGGACAUAGCUAGGGCCAGAUACCUUAUCAAGGCUGAGAGUGCGUCUGUUCACGUGUUAUUCAUGUAUCCCCUUUUUGUAUAAUACUCGCCCCAACCCUUUGGUUCGACGAGUAGAGGGUUUCGACAGCCAAGGAACAAGUCAUCGACCACCGGGUCCACUAUAGAUUAUUCAACCUAAGUCUGUAUCUCGCUGUAUUCCUGGAAACUAAACCAUCUAUUCAACCCUCUAA